AUGUCACAAACUCUAGGACAUGCGUUCGCAUCGCCCAAGCAUAUCUCCCUCGACUACGGGUGCUCGGAUUGGCGGAUCAGUAGCCAAAGAGCCGCAGAUCUGUACAGUUCUGGUACCAAGCUUUGGAUGAGAGAGGAUCUCAAAGACAUAGAACAACAAUUGGGCCAAUCCUAUACAAAGGACCGAUUUUCAGUCCGUCGAAUUGAUGGAAGCAUAAUCCAAAUUUCUAAUCCCUUGUUCCAAGUACAGAAUCCUAUCUGGAAACCCUAUAUCAAAUACCAAGAAUAUUGGCAACUUGUGAAAACACAACCCAAUGGCCCAAUCGAAACCUACCUAUGCUCUUACAUUGUGGAUUGGAGUAAUCAGACUGCACGAAACUUUCGAGAGCUUAUAGCGCAGCCUAUGCAAGUCUUUGACGAGAAAGACCUGUUAUGGCAGAAUAGUAUAACCUGCAAGCAAUUGGCAGCCUUGAUCCAAGAUUUACUUGGCAUAAACACUGUGAAGAAAGUUCUCUGCUUCGGGCUCGGUGAUUUUUGCCGCUCCGCCCCUGAGUGGCUUAAAAGGCAGCAUGACUCUUGGGAUGGGACCUCGGAUGUGGAAAAUGUGAUGGGCUGCAUGAUCCAGCAUUCGAUGGCUCUCACUAUAGCUCAACUUUGUCGUGGCGAUGAAACAGUGCCAUUACUUGCUCAGGACCCGGAUUAUACAGAGGUCGCAGAAAGGAUCCUGACCAAGAAGGAAUUCAAGAUUAUUGGACCUCACGGUGCAGGAGGAUUCGCGGAAAUCGACGAGGAAUCGAUCGUAAUAUCACCCUUUGCUGCCGCCCCAGUUAAGCAGAUUAUCGCCGAUCUUGCUCGGCCUGUACUGAUUAUUUCCACCGGCUUUGCCGUCUUCAAUGGCAAUGAAAAACCAUUGGCAGAUGCUGAAUCUCCGAGAACUAGGCAAAUGUGGCUUGAUUAUGAUGUCUAUAGCCUUCCAAGCCAUUCUGAUGAUGUUGAAAUAUGCUGUGCAUUGAAAGGAUUACAUCUGUAUCGCAGACGGCAGCAACCUUUGGAUUCGCAAGGAGUCUGA